GGCGGGACGCCGUCCGCCAGUCGCCGCACGUCUUCCGCGGCACGCUUGGCAGCCGGGGCGCCGACGGGCUCCCGACCUUCCCGGAGCUCGAGCGGUUAGCCAAGCGCGAGCAGCUGAACCGCGGGGAGACCAAGGAGGUGCCGCAGCGCCCUGCGAUGCCCGCCGCUUGGGAGCCCGAGCGCUGCCCGGUUUUCCCCAGCGACGAGUCGGUGCACCCGGCCGCAGAGGCGUGCGACGAGGCGGCCCUCGAGUGCAUCGACCUCAUGCUCCACUGCGGCGUGCCCUUCUUCGUGCCUCUGCUGAUCCACGGCCUCCCGCAGGAGUACGGCUUCCUGUCGCCGGCGAGCGUCAACUCUGAGCGCUGCCGUUUGCAGCUCAUCCGGGCGGCCAUGCUGAGCGCCGACUGGGAGGGGGCGCUCGAACUGAUCGGCCAGCUGUUCGAGAGCUGCAGCGACCGCCUGCCGGAGGUCCACGCGCUCAGGGCCGAGUGCCUCCACAGGGCCGUGAGCGAGCAGUUUUACAGUGCCGACGGGGGGGCGUUGGCCGCUGGCUCCGAGCUUGGCAUGCCAUGGCUUGACUGGCACGCGACCGCGCCCUGGCGGGAUUCGUCUGCAUCGAGGUGGACGACGAGUGCGGCGGAGCCCAGCCAGUCUGUGCUGGACUUCGUGGAGGCGGCCACCGCGGCGGCGGUCUCAGCGGCGGUGGCGGCGGCUGUAUCGGCAGCCCAGCCAGUCCCCGCAAAGCCGAGGCCGAGGCCAUCCUGUGCGCCGACGUUGGCAUUGGCCAUCGAGGACGGCGUGAUGGAGCUGGCGGCGCCACCAUCUCCACCGCCUGGACAGUGGACGCCGGUGGCAUCUCCGAGGCCGGUGCAGCUUCGCAGCAGGAGCCAGUCAGUUGUGAAGCACUUGGAGAAGAAGGAGGUGGGCACGCAGUUGAUGGAGAUGCCGAUGCAGUGGAUCGGCGCGAACUCUGUCAGCCACGCCGUGCACCAGGAGAAGAUCAAGAAGGACAAGAAGGAGAAGAAGGACAAGAAGGAGAAGAAGUACCAGUCGAAGAGGGUCGCCAAGAAGCCCGCUUGGGCUGGUGGACUGAAGGUUGAGGACCUCUUCGGCAUCUACAGUGACGACGGGCACGAGGAAUGCCAUGAUGGCGACGAUGCGGCCGACAGCUGGGCGUGCUGGCAUCGUGGCAAGGUGCCUGUGGACCCCUUCAUGGACGUGCGUAGGCUGAACAACGAGGCCUUCGUGGAAACGGAGCGUGCGCGGGAGGCUCGCCUCGCCCUAUGGAGGCUGCACGCGGACAAGGUUGUCGGCGUCAUCGGCCUCAGCAAGGAGGUGCUCCCCGACCCCGGGGGCGAAGGCGGCGUCGGCUGCGCGACCGAGAAGGGCUACCAGGAGAUCAGCAGUGAUGAGGAGGUGAUGCGCGAGGAGUUCGGGGCGCUGCCGCCCUUCCCCGUGUUUGAGGUGGCGGACAAGAGUGGCAAGGCCCAGGACUUCGUGGGCGAGUCGGCGCAGAGCGCGGCGGACCGCGAGCGGGGCAAGGAAGCGUUGAAGGAGGAGCUCUUCGCCCACGCCCGGAGGCUCGUGGGGUACGGAGUGCUGGACGAGGACAUCUUGACGCAGCUCAGCUACAAGGUCGAGAAGGAGUUCAGUGUCGACUCGGCGCUGGGCUAG